AAGGAAGGUAUUUUUGAAAAAAUCAGGAUGUACGAUUACCAAGCGGUUUGUUUCAAAAGGAAAGCGACUAAGAACGAUGCCAGUAUUUUACUCACGCCUUGGACAAGCUUAAAGAAAGCUAUUACUUGGAUCGUCGGUCAAAUGACUUGGGUCUGGGUAAAAUCAGGCAUUUGGAAUUCCGACUAUGCAUACGGUUAUGCUGAUCCUAACGAAAAUGACGAUAUGCAGGAGGAUUAUCCGGAGAAUGGCAAAACUCCGAUAGAUCCCAAGGAUGAGAAAUUCUUUAAUAUGAAAGUUUUAAUUAAUAGGACGCGUCCGGAAGCAUGCGAUCAAGAGGUAUACUUAUAUUUGCGCAAUUCGUCCGUAAUAAAUUACAACGUGGAAGUUGAUAUGGAAGACGAAUGCGCAAGACCCUACAUUGUACAACCGGUUAAUUUCAGCAACAUGUUAUUAAUCGUAGUUAACACAGGCACUUGCAGCGACACAACCUUACCAUCGUUAACCGUGAUACCCGAGGAAGUGAUUUACGAAAAUAAUUCUUUGGUUUGUCAAAAGGCGUGGACAUUUUUGAAAAGGAAAAGGCCAGAAUCCUGUAUAAGAACUCAUCCAAGAGAAAGUGAAAUAAAGGAUCUCUGUGGAUUAGCCAGCUUUACAGGGCCAAACAAUUUUAUUAUAUUUUUGUUGCUAACGUGUAUUCUGAUAAGGCAGAUUGUCUUUCGGUGCAAUUAAAUCUUGCUUUUUGAUAAACGAAUAUAUAUAUAUAUAUAUAUAUAUUAUAUAUAUAUCUUACAUCAAAUUAAUGUACAUACAAAGCGCAAAUGUGAAUGAUCAUAGUUUAUUUAUGAAUGUGUGCUCUUCUAUGCGCUCCUGCUCUAAAAUAUUACUAGAAACGACUAUCUAUAAUAAAUCACUAUGAAGAAUUGUUUUAGUAAUUGCAUAAUGAUUCUCACAGCGAGUAGAGUUCCGACACAUAAACGCAAGAUUCCUUCAUUAAACGAUUAACCUACAUAAGAAAUGAAGUACUUUAACACCUACAACGUUAUUAUCAAGAAUUACUCGGCCCGUU